GCCAGCCCGGCAGCUUGUCGCUGCUGUCAGUUGCUGUGGGAGGGGAUGUGCUGACAGUGACCAGGCAGCGGGGCAGGUUACCGGUUGCACGUGGACACCGGUGACGUUUUACCGACUUAAAAAAUAUAACAUUCGUCCCCUCCCUUAGCGACUGUUACCACCCCCUGCUGCCAGAGCUACCGCCCCAAUAACAACUGUGAUUUUGCAGCUUCCCAUCGCCGCCGGUAUUUCCCAGUGUUGACGUCAUGGACUGUGACAUCAUGGAGAGUGAUAUUUUGGAGUCCCUGGAGGACUUAGGUUAUAAAGGGUCGCUGAUGGAAGAUGGAGCUUUGAAUGAAGCGGCAUCCGUGGGAGUCCACUCUCCUGAAUACACAAAGCUUGUGGCAUGGGUGGUAUCAGAGCUAAAAUCAUUCUGCAAAUUGGAAGAAAAUGUAGAAGCUACUAAUAGUCCUAAUGAAGCAGAAGGAUUUCAGCUUGAAGUAAGUGGCCUUCUCACAGAGAUGAACUGUCCAUAUGCAUCUUUGACAUCAGGAGAGGUUAAUAAACGGCUUCUCGACAAAAAAAAUUGCCUCCUCUUGCUAACAUAUCUUGUUUCGGAACUUGAAGCUGCAAAAAUGCUAUGCAUAAAUGUCCCAACGAAGAAAGACCAAGAAGCUGCAGGUAGUGAAGUGUUUCAGGAGCUGAAGACUAUAUGUAUGACACUGGGAAUGUCUAAGCCACCCGCCACCAUAACCAUGUUCCAGUUCUUUAGCGGAAUCGAAAAAAAAGUUAAAGAAACAUUAGCAAAAGUGCCACCUAGUCAUUUAGGAAAACCUCUCCUUGGCAAGGCACUGGGACCAUCUCAUUGGGAAAAGAUUGAAGCAAUUAACCAAGCCAUAUCCAAUGAAUAUGAAGUCCGGCGGAAAAUGUUAAUUAAACGUUUGGAUGUGACUGUUCAAUCGUUUGGAUGGUCGGAUAAAGCUAAGCAACAGACUGAGAAACUUGCAAAGGUGUACCAACCAAGACGUGCAACGUUAAUACCUAAAAGCUCUAUUUUAGUCGCUCACCUCUUGGCGGCUCGGCACGAUCUCUCAAAAAUCCUGAGAACAAGCAGUGGAUCAACUCGGGAAAAGACUGCCUGUGCUAUAAAUAAGGUGUUAAUGGGCAGGGUGCCUGACCGCGGUGGCAGACCCAAUGAAAUAGAGGCUCCACCUCCAGAGAUGCCUCCUUGGCAGAAGAGACAAGAUGGCCCUCCACAAGGUGGUAGAGGUGGAGGAAGAGGUGGAUAUGAACAAUCUUAUGGUGGUCGUGGGGGAUAUGAGCAAGGAGGUGGGCGUGGUGGGUAUGAUCAUGGUGGUGGACGUGGGGGCUAUGAACAAAGUGGUGGCCGAGGAGGAGGGCGUGGAAGCUACGACCAGGGAGGUAGAGGAGGAAGAGGAGGCAAAGUUCAAGGAGGAUGGACAGAUGGAACAGGCGGAAACGCCUAUCAUGACAGUGGCUAUAGAGAUGCUGGAUUUCAGACUGGUGGCUACCAAGGUGGAGGUGGAGGUGGAGGAGGAGGAGGAUAUCAAGGCGGAGGUGGAUACCAGGGCAACAGUGGAGGGUACCAAGGUGGUGGGGGUUAUCAAGGAGGUGGGGGAGGAUACCAAGGAGGAGGCGGCUAUGGUGGCUAUCAGACAUCAUCUUAUUCUGGAAGUGGAUAUCAACAAGACAAUAGAUACCAAGAUGGAGGCCACAAUGAUAGAGGAGGCAAUCGUGGAGGUGGCAGAGGACCUCGUGGUGGCCGUGGAGGAAGAGGCAGCCAGAGUGGAGGUUGGGGUGGUCGGGGAGCUCAAAGCUAUAACCAGGGAGGGCAAUUUGAACAGCACUUUCAACAUGGAGGUUACCAAUAUAAUCAGUCUGGCUUUGGACAAGGAAGACACUACACAAGUUGAGGCUAAUUAAUACUUCAGUUGCAGUAGAGCUCAAGUAAUAGCUAUAGACUGAUCAGAUGAGUUUGUGCUACUUAAUUUAAAAGCAUAAACUACAAGUGUUUCUUUCAUUUUAUGAGUAUUACAAUAUAACCUUGCAUGCAAGGCCCUUUAAUAAACCAUUACUAAAUAAGCUAUUAAAGUGAAACAUAUACAUUGGAUCAGCCUCAUCUGAGGUCGGAUAAAUUCAGCAAUUGUAGACCUUUGCUACAUGUGUGUUAAGAAUCAUUGUUCUGGAAGUAAGGCUUGAUCUCUGGGAUUAAAUUAACACCUACAUUUAAAGAAUAUAUAUUUUUUUUAAUUGGCAUAACAUUGUUAUAUUUAUUUCUUCUAAUAAAUAUUUAAAUCGAUAAUCAAUCUGCUGAGUGUUGCUAUUUAUAAAUAUAAAAAAACAUAAAAAACACAAUACUAAAAUUAAUAAUCCAUUACUUUAAAAGUAAGCACCUUCCACUUUAGUAUAGACAUUGGACUGUUAGCAGGUAAACACAUCUGUUUCCACAGUGAGUCUAAAUCUUAUUCUGGACUAUGACAGAUGUUUUACUAUGAAUAUAUGUUAAAUGUGGGUAUGAUAAAUAUGCAACAACAACACAAAGAGCUCAUUAUCAAACCAGUUUACUAAUGCUGCUUUUAUCUGUAGAUUAUUUGUUAUGAUCUGAAUGCAGAAGAAAGAGGCCAAUCACUGCAUUUGGCUCUUUUCGGAGCCGGCAUUUAUUCUUCUGAAAGUGAAACGCACUAAGAUAUGGAUAUGCUCAGAUCUUAGUGUGUUUCACUUUCACAAGAAUAAAUGCGGCUCAGAAAAGUGCCGAAUGCCGUGAGAGCGGCCAUCUCCUUCGACAUUUAGAUCAUAACAAAUAGUGUGAAUGCCACAGGCCUGUUAAAAAUAAAAUGCAUAUUUAUAAUAGGAUGAUGUGGGAAACUUCAGUUCAUGAAUAUACAGAGAGAUGCACAUUUUAAAAAUAAUGGGGCAGUAGUGAUGGUAGAUUCACCCUUUGCCUGCUCUUAAAAUGUCAUGCCUUGUAGUGUAUUUCAAUCUUUAAUUAUUAUUUUUUUUGGUUAUCCUUCUAAGCAUUUGGUAAAAUAGAUCUUUUUCUCAACAAAUGAGACAUCAUAUUUAUGGAUAAGGACAUAAUUAUAGAAGGGUUUUAACAAAGUUUUGUAUAAAGGAACAUGAAACCCCAAAUUUUUCUUUCAUGAUCCAGAAAGAGUGUACAAUUUAAAAACAAAAAAACAAAUUGACUUAAUUUUCUUAGAGUCCUUUAAGAAGCAAGUAGGUAGGCACAGCUGUGUGCACUAUAUAGCAGCAGUUUUGCAGCAAUGCUACACAUUCUACAAAGACUAGAACUCAAAAAUCUAGACUGUUGUGAAAAUCCAUAAAGUGCUCAAGACAGGUGCAGGUUCCAUGCUUAUGUAUGCCCUUCAACAGUGGAUACUAUUAAACAAAGUAGUAGUCAAAUGUAAACUUAAAAACAAAAAUGCUAUAUCUGAAUCAUGAAAUAAAUAAAUUGAUGUUCCUUAAAGGGACAUGAAACCCAAAUUUUUUUCUUUCAUGAUUUAGAAAGAGCAUGACAUUUUAAACAACUUUUGAAUUUACUUCUAUUAUCUAAUUUGCUUCAUUCUCUUGAUAUGCUUUGCUGAAAAAGCAUAUCUAGAUAUGCUCUGUAGCUGCUGAUUAGUAGAUGCACAUAGAGGCCUCGUGUGAUUGGCUCACCCAUGUGCAUUGCUAUUUCUUCAACAAAGGAUAUCUAAAGAAUGAAGCAAAUUAGAUAAUCUAAGUAAUUUGGAAAGUUAUUUAAAAUUGUAUUCUCUACCUGAAUCAUGAAAUAAUUUUUGGAGGUUUAGUGUGCCUUUAAAUAUUUAAUAUGUGUUCUUGCUGGUAGUAGUUAACAUGUUUUCCUCUAACAUGAUUGAAAACACUUUGUGAUUGGUUCAUCUCUAAUACUUAAGCUCUACUGCUUUUUCUAGCCUUCAUUUUUCCAUCGGGUAGCAUAUCGCCACAUUUUACCCUAAGGUUCUUCAGUGCUGCUUCAGCAAACUAUUUACAUGGUUACAGAAAAUGUUUGAACUUCAAGUGCAUUUAGCAAAAACUGAAAUGUUUUAUCACACCCAGACAUCUUCAACUAGCAACAGUGAUCCAAAAUUACUUGAAAACGCCCAACUAGACUUUUUCAUUUUUAUUUUUUUGCGUAAUUUCAUUCCACUGACUAAAAAAAAAAGUGGAUGAGGAUUUUUUUUGUUUGUUUUUUUUUUUUUUUUGGUGUUGAAAAAUACAUUACUGUUUGGGCAGAGGACUGCAUGCCCAGAGGUGUUCUUUAUUUUAAUGCUGCAGGAAAUAAAGCCUAUUGGGGUGUGUGAUCUUUAAUAUUAAAGCCUUUAACAAAAGUCACUUGAUGCUUUUUUUGCUGAACUUACUGUGUACUUACGCAUUGCCAAGCUGUGAAAGAAGAAAGAGGAAGGUGUGCUGAUUUGUAUGAAAGGGUUGCAAUAAAUUUCCUGUGUGUUUUGUCUCA